AUGCCUUUCGAUGAGCCAUCAUCGCUACGACGUGAGGAUCCCGUAAAGAAGAAGACUAUGAAAAGGCUCACAUGUCGUAAAUGCGAAGGUCAUGGAUUCAUAUCGGUUUUAAAGGGACACGCCGCUGUAUGUCCGUUUAACGAGUGUAACUGUGAUCGCUGUUCGUCAGUGAUGAGCAUGCGAGCAAACGCACUCAUUCGACGUUUCCGCCACCGACAACCAGGACAGAACUCUGCGGUGCUCAAAACUAUCCGUUCCAAAAAUGGUAAUAUGCGUCUAAGGAUCGUUCCCAAAGGAAAUCAAGUGGAAGAAGGCACUACGAUCACAUACAUGGAUGAGUCAUCAGCACGUGCCUUUGUGAUCUCAACCGCUCUUUCUGGAUCGGUUUCUGAAUCCUCAUCACCUUCUCUCCCCACCACUCCACCACUUCUACCUCCAAACGCUACUCCACCUGUGCUACCUGGCAAUCAGGAAUUGUUCCUCGAAUAUGUUCAACAGAUGUUGCAAGCAAAAAAGCAGCAGGGUACAAAAGUUCCUCAUUCAAACUAUUCCAGACUUUUCUCUGACCUUCUCACACAGCAGGCCAAUUCCGUAAACAUCGCAAAAUCAACGGCAGUACAACCGGAAACCAUCCCCCCUCUACUCGCUCAAACGCUCCUCCUUUCCUCAUUUCAACCGCUACAACAGUUCCUUUCACUUGUAUAG